AAAAAUGAAGGGGGAGGAUUGAAAGUGAAGGUUGUGAACUCAGAUGCAAGAACUUUUCGUCGAUCUGUAGAAGAACCCACGGUAAAUAGAUCGAUUUUUGCGAACCCAUGAAGAGAAGCUCGGUUUCGCAGGAAGAGAAGCUUGGUUUCACACAAAGAGAAGCUCGGCACGAAGAGAAGCUCCGUUAUGCAUGAAGAGGAGCUCUGCGAAGACGAAGAGAAGUUGUCUGUAUUGUUUUUAUCUUUCCGUAUUUUCUCCUUUCAAUAUCUGUUUAAAAAAAUAAAGAAAUCGGCUAACGUGGCAUGCGGAUUGCGCCGCGACUACAUAUGCCGACUGUCCGUAGCAGAAUUGUUCAAUUAGAGAGACACUCAGGAGCCAGGGUAGAGGGAAGGGGAAAAAAAGCUCUCUGCUUAGGGUUUUGCACGUCUUCGACUCCAUUUCUCUGUGACCCGAGCAACCAUCAAAUUCAGCAGCCAUGGCAAGCACCAAAGUUCAGAGGAUCAUGACCCAACCCAUUAACCUGAUUUUCAGGUUUCUUCAGAGUAAAGCUCGUAUUCAAAUAUGGCUUUUUGAGCAGCGGGACCUGAGGAUUGAGGGCAGAAUUAUUGGUUUUGAUGAGUACAUGAAUUUGGUUCUGGAUGAUGCUGAGGAAGUCAAUGUCAAGAAGAAGAGUAGAAAAUCUCUAGGGCGCAUUCUUCUUAAGGGAGACAACAUAACUCUGAUGAUGAACACGGGAAAAUGAUGAUUCCAGCAUCCUUUUCAAUUACAUGGAAGGUUAGCUGCUUUCAGUUUACUGCUAUUUUAGAUCCCGGUUGAUGAUCAUGUAUGAUUAUGAUUAAUCAGCUUACUAAUGAACUUUUCCGUCGGAGAUCAUGUAUGAUCAAUCCACUUAUUAAUGAUUCUCGAGAUCCUUAUGCUAGACUCAUGAAACUAUUUGUUGCUCUUUUACAUGGUUUA